UACUCAUCCCAUUACCACACCGCACAAUCAUCUCACAUUCUCUGUAACUCCAUCUGCAAAACGACGCCGUAAGCUUCGAAGAUGUCUGGCCGUGGAAAGGGAGGCAAGGGCCUGGGCAAGGGCGGAGCUAAACGGCACCGUAAGGUCCUUAGAGACAACAUCCAGGGCAUCACCAAGCCUGCGAUUCGAAGGCUCGCCAGAAGAGGAGGCGUGAAGAGAAUCAGCGGCCUCAUCUACGAAGAGACCAGAGGUGUUCUCAAGAUCUUCUUGGAGAACGUGAUUCGCGACGCCGUGACCUACACCGAGCACGCUCGGAGGAAGACGGUGACCGCCAUGGAUGUUGUCUACGCGCUCAAGAGGCAGGGCAGGACCUUGUACGGAUUCGGGGGUUAAUUUUGUAAAUUCUGGGAUCGAAUUUUAAACGGUCCAGAUUCCGCGUUGUAAUUUUUCGCUAUGAUUCGAAAUCCAAGUAUCUUUUCUUUGUUUGCAUGCCCCCUUUCUGCAAAAUAGUGUAACAUUUGGAAACGGGGCUUCUAAAGGAAUGAUGAAAAAGAUACAGGGUACAUACAUGUGUUGUGGAACCAGUAUAAGUUUUGUCCCUGUCGAAAUCUACUGAACUUUGGCGAUCCUGAAUUAGGAAAUA